CACUAAUAGAAACUGAAACUUUUUCACUUCACUUCCUCUUGUGGCUCGUUUUACAAAAACACCACCAAAACUUACUACCCUCUCACUUUCCACAGUCGCUCAGCUCUGUGUACAGAAAUGGACGGGGCUCAAGGCGGUAAAGCAUAUGGUCUUUUCAAGUCUCAACAGGAAGAAAAACUGAACUCUGUCAAUGAGGUUUUUCUUUCAGACCCCCAAUAUGCAGAAGAGGAAGACCUUGCCUCAAAGCUCGAAAUGUUUAAAAAAAAAUACAUGGAGUUUCAUCUCAAUGACAAAGGAGAAAUUGAUUUAAUGGGGUUAAAACGAAUGCUGGAAAAACUCGGACUGGCCAAGACUCAUUUAGAGCUGAAAAAGAUGAUGUCAGAGGUAAUCGGAGGGACAUCGAAAGACACAAUCAGCUACAGUGACUUCCUUAAUAUGAUGCUGGGAAAAAGAAAUGCAAUACUGAAGCUGAUCUUAAUGUUUGAAGGCAUGGGGGAGGAACGGGAGCAGAAGGAUGUUGGACCACCUUGCCGCAAAACCUUUUCAGACCUGCCCUGAAAGAGCUCUACAUCCUAAAUUGGAAUGACUGUCAUUAUGACUUUUUUGCCCCAGAUUUAAACAACACCUAAAUGCUAUAAAAUCAAUAGGGAACAAAUUAACAUAGUAAAAAAAAUGAUUUUUAUUAAAUGAUGUGAUCUUGUG